GGCUGUGGAGGUCUCUCCACCAUUUUUGGUGAGCCAAUCCUGUUAGAGCGCCACAGGAAGUAGACUCUGGUUUUUGCCGCGGGAGGCAGCUAGGAAGGUAACAGGGUUCCGUUUGGGAAAUGGCGAAAGCACUAUUGAUUUCCAUUGCGAUUGUAUUAGCCUCCGUUCGGCCCUUCGUCCAUUCCAUCGAACACAAAUGCUCCGCGUGCACCGCCAUUGCCGAGGAGCUGGAGCGUGGUUUGAUGAAUGAGAAGCCUAGAAAUCAUUUAGAUAUGAGAUAUCGCUUAGACUCUAAAGGCCAACGUGAUGGCAAGCUUAUAGAUUACAGGGUUAGUGACCUGAGAGUUGUCGAACUAUUGGAUGAGCUAUGCGAAAAGAUGCAAGAUUAUACUCUUGAGCAGGUUGAUUCAGGCACAAAACUGUGGAUCAAAGUGAAAAACUGGGAUCAUCAAACUAAUAAGCAAGAAGCUCGAGUACAUUCCAAAUCAAUAUCAUCUUUCUGUGGGAGGUUGCUGGAGGACACUGAAGAUGAGUUGUCGGAAUUGAUAAAGAAGGGAUCCAUCAAGGUAGGAAGUGUAGCCAAGAUUUUGUGUGAAGACCUCAGCAAACUUUGCCAUGGGACAAGCAAUCAAGAAAAUGAAGGAGAGCUCUGAACAGUCUUCCAGCGCUGCAGACUAAGGACAAUAUAGGUCGGAGGAUUCACACUACACCAUUUUUUUUCUUCGUCUCUUUCAAUUAUUGUGUACCAUAGAACUACCCAAAUGCUUAUCCUUGAUAUAUGUUCUUAGUUUAAUUAGCUAACCAACAAUGAGCUUAACACCUAAAAUGACUUUUUUCUUUGGGAGAUGUACUUUUAAAUUUAUUUCUCAAUGUAUUUGUAUCUUUAUCAUCUAAAUUUUGUGCUAUGUCAUACAUACAUUCAGCCAUUUAGUGCAUGUAUUCUAAUAACUCUCACACUCACCUGAGAUGCAAAGCUGAUCACUCUUUCAAUUACAU